AUACCGAAUCUUGAAAUAUCAAUUCCAGCCGACCCGAUCGAAAGGUAAAUUUUAUCAGAAGUCAUAUGAUACGCGUUACAAAAUUAAAAUAAUUUUACACUCAAAAUGAAAAUAUUUUGUGUAAUUUCUAUUUUUUGUUCACUGUCGAUUUACACAGCAAAUGGAGAUCAGUUUGUUGUGCUUAAAACUCCAAAGUCUGUGGAGUUUAAAGGAACUAUGGCAAUGGCAACUCAAACGGUGAAUUCGAUAUAUUGUUCAGCAUUGGGAUUAUCUAUACCAUCCACAAAUAGUUGGGAAGGUCUUUUAAUCAACGAUCCCUUUAACACGGCAAAAGGAGUGAUCGCUAUCGUUAUUGACGGAUUGAAUGAGUUAGAAUUUAAAGAGUCAAAAUCGUUCGAGAUAUACGGAAAUGAAAAUCCAAUCAGUGCUGCUGCAGAAACAAUCAAAAAACACGAUGGAUAUGUGGUUGACUUGGAUUUGAGAACUAAUGUCAAUCAAACUUUGGAGACUGUUUUUGGUGUAAUUGAAUCGAAACAAAAGUUCAACAAGAACAUCAAGACAAAAUCAAAGCAAUCUCAGUUUUUAAUUAAUCAAAUUGCAUUGAUAAAUGGUCUAUCUGAAAUGUUGGAGGAAAAUUACAAUCAUCUGCCAACAAUGAUUGUUGUUCGUCUUUCGUUAAGAGAUUUAAAAAAUGUCAAAUAUAAUGAAAUGGAUGACUUAAUUAAACUUUUGCAAACAUCUAUUGAAGACUUGACCAAAUCUGCAGAGAAAGCUUUUAAGAAAAAUGCUCUUGUAACUCUAAUAACUACGACAAAUUCAUUCCAAAAACGCGUAAGACGAGCUACAUCAACUUCCGAUGAUGAAAAGUUUAAUAUUGCACCAGCGUAUGAUAAAAACUACCCCGUGGUUUUCAAUAUAAUAUUUUGGUUUUCAAUAGUUAUGAUUUUUUCAUUGUUUGCUAUAUCUUUAGCAAUUGGAAACAUGGACCCUGGUCGAGACUCCAUUAUUUAUCGUAUGACAUCCGGUACUAGAAUGAAGAAAGAUAAUUAAGUCACAUGACUAUAUUGUCAAAUAUGUACGUGUUAAAUGUGUUGCAAAUUAGUCGAGCAAAUUAAAAGAGGAACUGUUAGAAAAAAAAAAAAAAAAAUAGAAAUAUUAUUAUGUAAUCAUUCUGAAA